CUGGAACCUGGAUAUCGCGCGAGGCAAGCUGCGCGCGGGCGGGCGGGCUAUGGCGCAGGCGGGUUGCGGGGCCGGCGCUGGUGGCGGGGCCCGGUGCAUGGCGGUCUGUCGGCGGAGUCGCCCUCGGGGGCUGUCAGGGAUGCCAUGAAUAACCUUGGACUGUGCCGUUUUUACACAUGUACAUCUGCCUGUAGACUAGACAUGAAAUUGCUGGGUUGGCUGAUUUGUGACCCAGAAGGAAGUCUUCGACCUCAGCUGUGGCUCCCGGUGCUGGCCAGAAGCCAACUUCAUGUCUGAGCGCACGAGCAGCAGUUUGCCAUGGAGAGCUUGGGGCUGCAGACGGUGACCCUCAGUGAUGGGACGACGGCCUACGUCCAGCAAGCUGUCAAAGGGGAGAAGCUGCUUGAAGGGCAGGUGAUCCAGCUCGAGGAUGGGACUACGGCAUACAUUCACCAAGUGACGGUGCAGAAAGAACCUCUUUCCUUUGAGGAUGGACAGCCUGUGCAGCUGGAAGAUGGCAGCAUGGCCUACAUACACCACACACCCAAAGAGGGCUAUGACCCCAACGCCCUGGAAGCCGUCCAGCUGGAAGACGGCUCCACUGCCUACAUUCACCACCCUGUGGCUGUGCCGUCAGACAGCACCAUCCUGGCCGUGCAGACAGAGGUGGGCUUGGAGGACCUAGCCGCAGAGGAUGACGAGGGCUUCAGCACAGACACAGUGGUGGCCCUGGAGCAGUAUGCCAGCAAGGUGAGCUUGCAGAGCCUGACGCUGCCCAUCAACUCUCUUGACUCUGCCAAAACAGCCACCUCUCUAGAGGACAAGGUUCUGCACGACAGCCAGGCUCCCCAUAAUGGCAAAGGGCAGCAAGUUGGAGACAGAGCAUUCCGCUGUGGCUACAAGGGCUGCGGGCGUCUCUACACCACUGCUCAUCACUUAAAGGUACAUGAAAGAGCUCAUACUGGUGACCGUCCAUACAGGUGUGAUUUCCCCAGCUGCGGAAAGGCCUUUGCCACAGGUUAUGGACUGAAGAGCCACGUGCGCACCCACACUGGUGAGAAGCCAUACAAGUGCCCAGAGGAGCUGUGCAGCAAGGCCUUCAAGACCUCGGGAGACCUGCAGAAGCACGUCCGGACCCACACCGGUGAACGCCCAUUCCGGUGCCCCUUCGAGGGCUGCGGCCGCUCCUUCACCACAUCUAAUAUCCGCAAGGUACAUGUGCGCACCCACACGGGCGAGCGGCCCUACACCUGCCCCGAGCCCCACUGUGGCCGUGGCUUCACCAGCGCCACCAACUACAAGAAUCACGUGCGCAUUCACACAGGGGAGAAGCCAUACGUUUGCACGGUGCCAGGCUGCGGGAAGCGCUUCACCGAGUACUCGAGCCUGUAUAAGCACCAUGUGGUGCACACACACUGCAAGCCCUACACCUGCAGCACCUGCGGCAAGACCUACCGGCAGACCUCCACCCUGGCCAUGCACAAGCGCAGUGCCCACGGCGAGCUGGAGGCCACGGAGGAGAGCGAGCAGGCCCUUUAUGAGCAGCAGCAGCUCGAGGCCGCCUCUGCAGCCGAGGAGAGCCCGCCACCCAAACGACCCCGCAUUGCUUACCUUUCGGAGGUGAAAGAAGAGGGUGAUGACAUCUCAGCCCAAGUGGCCAUGGUGACAGAGGAAGAUGGGGCCCCCCAGGUGGCUCUCAUCACUCAGGAUGGUGCCCAGCAGGUCAGCCUGUCCCCAGAAGAUUUGCAGGCCCUGGGGAGUGCCAUCAGUAUGGUGACACAGCAUGGCAGCACCACCCUCACCAUCCCCAGUCAUGACGAUGACCUUGCCACAUCUGGCACACAUACAGUCACCAUGGUCAGCGCUGAUGGCACCCAGACGCAGCCCGUCACAAUCAUUACCUCCGGGGCUGUGGUGGCCGAGGACUCAAGUGUAGCAUCCCUUCAUCAUCAACAGGUGGCGCUGUUGGCCACAGCCAACGGAACACACAUUGCUGUGCAGCUGGAGGAGCAGCAGACCUUAGAGGAGGCCAUCAGCGUGGCCACUGCUGCCAUGCAGCGGGGGGCCGUGACCCUGGAGACCACAGAGUCAGAGAGCGGCUGCUGAGCCCAAGAGAGCUGAUUCCCACACCAUGUUGGAGGAGGUGCUAUGCCUCACCGGCAUGCUUGCCUCCAAGAGCCCAGGCUGUGGCUGACGCAUGGAAGGUGGCCACGUAGGUCUCCAGGGCGAGAAGGCAGGAGGAAAACAGCCUAACAGAAGGCAACAGAGGCCUUGCCCAAGAGGAGAGUUGGACAUCUAGAAUCAGGGGAGUGUGUCAUGCUCAGGAGCUAAGGAGGACAAGCUUGAUCACCAGGCUGCACUCGGGCGUCCUCCCUUCAGAAUCAGCUGGACGCUCACUCUCCUCCCUCCAGGGAACACCCUUCCCGCCCUCAGUCCACUCCCCCUCUCAGGUGGCGACUGGGGCUGCUGUGAGGACUGGUCCUCCACUCUGACUGGUCACUGUCCAUCAGGCGAGAGGCAGGCAGCUCUUCAGCCCAGAAGGGGCAGAGUAGGCCCAGCCCUGCCCCUCCCAGCAAUAACCACCUCCCCGGAGGCCAGCUGAGAUGCCUGGCCACUUGGCAGCAGGGACUUUCUGCCACUGCAGUCAGAAUUGCUCAGGGGCUGGUCGCUGGAGAAAAGGUGCCCAGCACCCCUCCCCCCAGCUGCCCCGAAACCUCUCUGUGGCAGAGAGGCAAGGAGCAGCCUUGUACAUACUGGGGAUUGGGUUUAAUUUGUUUUGUUUUUUAAUUCCAUUUUGAUAAUUUUUUUUCCUGCUCUGGGCGGUGGUGGCAAAUGGGUGAAUGAGUAUUUAAUAAAAGUUCCAAGUUUCCAC